AUGCAAUUCAUUUCGCUUGUCUACGUUUUACCUUGUUUGUUUGCAACUACAAUAGCACAAUCGGUGUCAUUCAAUACUGAGCAACAAGAGGCUUUGUUAACAAAAGUGGCUUCAGACAUUCGUUCUUAUCCUAGCGAAUACGUUGAUUUUUUUAAAACGCAGCUGGAAGUUGCCCUCCCACUUGAUUUACUUUCGCUUAGAAGGUUUUCCACUUACACAGACGACUCUUACACCACUAUUGUUGAGAAUUCGGAGUUGAUGUCUGAUUUGGAGAAUGUAGUAACUAGGUUGCCAUGGUACAACUCGAGAAUUGCUGGAAACGAAGUGCCUAGCGUGACCACAGAUGAACUGAGUGAGAAUGGAUCAAGCAGCAGCAAUUUGGGUGUCAAAUUAGGAGGAGGUUUAUUGGCCGGUUUAGUAGGUGGAGUUUUACUAGCGCUAUGA